GCCCCAGUCCCCUAGAGGGUUAGGCAGUGCUGCGCCAGGACUGGCUCCAUCUGGCUGCUCAGCUUGUCCCACACCGGGCCUGGGCCUCAGUUCCUGGCCUUUCAACGACCGACCCUGGUGCCCUGCCGGGUUCCCGCCCCAGGACAGGGGGCGAGGCCAGCACGGGGGGCGGGGCUGCCGAGAGACAGGCAGAAAGAUAGAUGGAGACAGGGCGGGGCCUCACUGCUCCAUCCCCCAGGCCCUGUGCCCCCUCCCGGGAGUCCCCAGCACUCCGCCAUCCACCCACAAUCCCAGGGCUUCUGUUGGGGCCUGCCUUCAACCAGCGUGACUUGGUUUCCCCAAAGGACUUAGCUCCCUGCCUGGCCUUGGACAGCGCAGACGGCACCCUGGACAGGGGCACCUGAGCCGCACCGGCCCGGCCACCUGCGCCUGAUGCGGUGCUGACCUCCGGCCACGACGGGCUCGGAAGCCAUGUGGCCCAACGGCAGCGCGCCGGGGGCCUGCCUGCGGCCGGUGAACAUCUCCCUGCAGGAGCGGCGCGCCAUCGCGUCGCCCUGGUACUCGGCGUCCUUCGGCGCGCUGGGCGUGGGCUCCAACCUGCUGGCGCUGAGCGCGCUGGCCGGGACGCGGGCGGGCGCGGGGCCCCGCUCGGCCUUCGCGGCCCUGGCGUGCGGCCUGGUGCUCACGGACCUCCUGGGGCUGCUGGUCACGGGCGCCGUGGCGGCGGCGCAGCACGUCGCCCUGCUGGACUGGCGCGCCACCGACCCCCGCUGCCACCUGUGCCGCUUCAUGGGCGCCGCCAUGGUCUUCUUCGGCCUCUGCCCCCUGCUGCUGGGCGCCGCCAUGGCGGCCGAGCGGUCGGCGGGCAUCACACGGCCGUUCUGGCGGGCCGCGCCGCGCCGCCACGCGUGGGCCACCGUGGCGCUGGCGUGGGCGGUGGCCGGGGCGCUGGCGCUGCUGCCGCUGCUGGGGCUCGGGCGCUACAGCGUGCAGUACCCCGGCUCCUGGUGCUUCCUGACGCUGGGCGCGCGGCGCGGGGACCUGGCCUUCGGGCUGCUGUUCGCGCUGCUGGGCGCCGCGGCCGUGGCCCUGGCCUUCCUGCUCAACACGCUGAGCGUGGCCACGCUCUGCCGCGUCUACCGCGCGCCCCCGGCCGCGCAGCGCCCGCGGGACGGCGAGGUGGAAAUGAUGGUGCAGCUCCUGGGCAUCAUGAUGGUGGCCACCGUGUGCUGGAUGCCCCUGCUGGUUUUCAUCGUGCAGAUCUUGCUGCAGGCGCCGCCCGCCACGAGCCCCUCCGGGCAGCUGUCGCGGGCCACGGAGCACCAGCUGCUCAUCUACCUGCGCGUGGCCACGUGGAACCAGAUCUUGGACCCCUGGGUGUACAUCCUGUUCCGCAGGUCGGUGCUCCGGCGCCUGCAUCCGGGGCUCAGCUCACGGCUCCGGGCUCUGUUCUCGCCCCCGCCCCCAACGCAGGUCCCAGCCCAGGCCACGCCCAGCGGACCCUGAAGGACCGUCCCCCAGACCUCAGGUCCUCGGUGGCUGCCGCCGCCAGGCCCCGCCUCAGGAGCGCCAAG